GGAGCAUAUGGUUCAGCACUUUAAAACCCAGAUUUUCGGGGAUCGCAAACCAGUGUUUGAUGGAAGAAAAAACCUUUAUACAGCUAUGCCACUUCCCAUUGGAAGAGAUAAACAACAGCAUGUAAAGAACUCUGGUGCUCUCAAGAGCAAAUACCAGAAAUUCAUGAAUCUUGGCAGGUGGUGACAUCCCAUGCUUGAGUCAUGCAGGAGCUGACAUGAGCAGUGAUGCACUGGGACGUGUCAGGGACCUGAAAUCAGGUCAUGGGAUCUUCGCUGAGACCUGAUACAAGUGCCUCCAAAUUCCAGUGUUGCUUCACAAAGGAGAUAGAUGCCAGCUGGGAAGCACUCCAGGCUUCUGAAAUAUCCCUUUGGGAAGAUGGAGCUGUAAAAAGAGGCUGUACCUACUGCGUGCUGUUGCUUCAUCCUUGCUUUUUGUCUCCUCCUCUGCUUGUGGUGCUGUUCAGAGGAAUCCAUUGUCCCUUCUGAUUUCCCCCCUUUCAAUGGAAAGAAUCAUCUUGGUUUGUUGUUUGGCAUUGUUGCAGGUGGAGCUGGAGGUCACGCUGCCAGGAGAAGGAAAGGACAGGAUAUUUAAGGUGGCUAUAAAGUGGAUGUCCUGUGUGAGUUUGCAGGCUUUGCAUGAUGCCCUUUCUGGCCGGCUGCCGAGUGUCCCGUUUGAGACCAUCCAGGCCCUGGAUGUGGUGAUGAGGCACUUGCCUUCCAUGAGGUAUACUCCUGUGGGGAGAUCUUUCUUUACAGCAUCAGAAGGGUGCUCAAAUCCUUUGGGUGGUGGCAGAGAGGUUUGGUUUGGCUUCCAUCAGUCAGUCAGACCUUCAUUAUGGAAAAUGAUGUUAAAUAUUGAUGUGUCUGCAACUGCAUUUUACAAAGCACAGCCAGUUAUUGAGUUUGUCUGUGAAGUUCUGGACUUCAAAAGUAUUGAAGAGCAACAAAAACCUCUGACAGAUUCCCAAAGGGUAAAGUUUACCAAAGAAAUAAAAGGUCUGAAGGUGGAGAUAACACACUGUGGACAAAUGAAAAGGAAGUACAGAGUGUGCAAUGUCACCAGACGACCAGCAAGUCACCAAACAUUCCCACUUCAGCAGGAGAAUGGACAAACAGUUGAAUGCACUGUAGCUCAGUAUUUUAAGGACAGGCAUAAAUUAGUUUUGCGCUACCCUCACCUUCCAUGUUUACAAGUUGGACAGGAGCAGAAACACACAUACCUUCCUCUGGAGGUGUGCAACAUAGUGGCAGGACAGAGAUGCAUAAAGAAACUCACUGACAAUCAAACUUCCACUAUGAUUCGAGCCACUGCCAGAUCAGCCCCGGACCGGCAGGAAGAGAUCAGCAAAUUGAUGCGGAGUGCGAGUUUUAACACCGACCCUUACGUCCGAGAGUUUGGGAUAAUGGUCAAGGAUGAAAUGACAGAUGUGACUGGCAGAGUCCUACAGCCUCCCUCAAUCCUCUAUGGAGGCAGGAAUAAAGCAAUUGCUACACCAGUGCAAGGUGUCUGGGACAUGAGGAAUAAACAAUUUCACACUGGAAUUGAAAUAAAGGUUUGGGCAAUUGCCUGCUUUGCUCCCCAGCGCCAGUGCACUGAAGUUCAUCUUAAGUCCUUCACAGAACAGCUGCGGAAGAUUUCCAGGGAUGCUGGAAUGCCAAUCCAGGGGCAGCCCUGCUUCUGUAAAUACGCCCAGGGAGCCGACAGUGUGGAGCCCAUGUUCAGACACCUCAAGAACACUUACACUGGGCUGCAGCUUGUCGUGGUCAUUUUGCCAGGAAAAACACCAGUCUAUGCGGAGGUGAAGCGCGUUGGUGACACGGUGCUGGGAAUGGCCACUCAGUGUGUGCAGAUGAAAAACGUCCAAAGAACAACACCACAAACUCUGUCCAACCUUUGCUUAAAAAUAAAUGUCAAAUUAGGAGGUGUAAAUAACAUUCUACUUCCACAGGGAAGACCCCCAGUAUUCCAACAGCCUGUGAUAUUCCUUGGUGCAGAUGUAACUCACCCACCAGCUGGGGAUGGGAAAAAGCCUUCCAUUGCUGCAGUUGUAGGAAGCAUGGAUGCUCAUCCCAACCGUUACUGUGCCACUGUGCGGGUGCAGCAGCACCGCCAGGAAAUCAUCCAGGAUUUGGCUGCCAUGGUCAGGGAGUUGCUUAUCCAGUUCUACAAAUCAACGAGAUUCAAACCAACUCGCAUCAUCUUCUACAGGGAUGGUGUUUCUGAGGGGCAGUUCCAACAGGUUCUCCACCAUGAGCUGCUGGCUAUCAGGGAGGCUUGCAUUAAACUGGAGAAGGAUUAUCAGCCUGGCAUCACAUUUAUAGUGGUGCAGAAAAGGCACCACACCAGACUCUUCUGCACGGAUAAAAACGAACGGGUUGGAAAAAGUGGAAACAUUCCAGCUGGUACCACAGUGGACACAAAAAUCACCCACCCCUCAGAGUUUGACUUCUACCUGUGUAGUCAUGCUGGGAUUCAGGGAACAAGCAGACCUUCUCACUACCACGUGCUCUGGGAUGACAAUCGCUUCUCGUCGGACGAGUUGCAGAUCCUCACCUACCAGCUGUGCCAUACGUACGUACGCUGCACACGCUCUGUCUCCAUCCCUGCACCUGCAUAUUAUGCACACCUGGUGGCCUUCAGAGCCAGGUACCAUCUGGUGGACAAAGAACACGAUAGUGCUGAAGGAAGCCACACUUCUGGCCAGAGCAAUGGCAGAGAUCACCAAGCACUUGCUAAGGCAGUCCAGGUGCACCAGGACACGCUGCGCACGAUGUACUUUGCUUGACAUGUUUUAAUGUUCAGCGGCUCCGGACAAGGCAGAGUUGGAUUCACACCAGACCAGCUGCACUUAGACCAACAGAUGCCCCACCCCAGGGACAGCCAGCAAUGAGUGAUGCUUCUUUAUUCUUUUCUUUCCCGUUUGCAAGGAAGCCUUCCGUCCAGAAUUUCAGACUUGAUCACAAACUGCGUUCUUGUACCAAACCCCACUGUUGUCAGAAAUGUGGUUUGCCAAAAAUCUCUGAGCUGCUUGGUAUAAAACAGACCCAGAUUUUAUAAUUAAAUCAAGAGCUGCAAUCUCAGGGCUUAGGGAAGAAAACAAAGAACCAAACCAACAACCCAACCCACAAAACUCCUCAUUCAGUUUGCUGUUCAUUGACUUGCUUUCAAUAAUUUGGAAAUAUCUCAUUCAUACUAAGGUGUGAUGAGCUAAAAUGCUGUGAAUCAGCUUUUAGUACAAAGGAAAGCAAAACAUUUUUUGAGUAUUUAUGAAGCCUUGAUUAUUCUAGAUGCAUUUACAAAAUUCUUAUUUUCAAAAUAAGAGCGUGACAAAAUUCUGAUUUCUAACUGUCUUAUAAAGAGUAUUCUCAGAUUAUUCUCUGUGUGUCUAAGGGCAAAUGUAUUUUCUGAAGCUUGUUCUUGAAUGUUUUUUAUUGUGCUGCAUUUUAAAAUGUUUUUCAUAGACUAAAGAUGAACUUAAAAAAAAAAAAAAGAAAAAAACAAAACUUUACCUAAGCUUUUAAUAGCUCCAGUUAGAUUGGCGGAAGCAAAUGUGCCAUUUAAAAAAAUUUGUAAAGAUUUUUUUUAAAUCAUACUGACAGCUAACUUUAGGAUUUGUCAUACAGGACUGUGACACUUACUUUCCAAAGUCUCUAAAGAAUACGGGUCUGUGGUGAUGAAUACAGUACAAUCCUUUUUCACUGUUGUUUGAGUUAAUGUAAAUUUUAUAUAUGUUUCACAGUAUUAAUGUGAUAGACUAGAUGGUAUUAUUUAUUUUUAUUUACUAAGGAGUGCUCAUUAUACUUCUGUUAACAUAUCAAGAAUGCUUUGAACUUAGAAAAAUCCUUUUUGUGAGGACAUUACUCUGCAAAUGCAAAAAAAAAUAUGCAAUUGAUGUGGUGAGAGGAGAGAGAUGCAGCCAGUGUCUGUUGUAGCUUGGGAUUUGCAGAAAGGCUUUUUCAACGUGCACACAACACAGCAGGUUUUACCUCUGCGGUUCAGACGCACACAAGACCAACAUCCUACAUUCAUUCAAGCACAAAACAAUUGUAUUUUAUUUAUAUGUUGAGUAGUGGUGAAGCAGGAGCUCUGCUAGAGGAGAGUGGUUUGCUGGAAAUAAGGCUGAAGUCAGAGAAUCUAUGCAGUAAAGAUAAAAAUUAGGAAACUGAGGUUUACUUAGGGAGGUGAAACUCUCUUCAUUAUGCAUAAGAUCCGUAGUAAAUGUGAGAGUUUUGCCAUUCUCUUAGGAGAAGCAUUAAUUAAAACUGAUAAUUAUUAGACAGAUGCUUCUGUUAGUUUGCACACUGGAUUCAUAAAAACCAUAACACACAUGUAAACCAUUGCACUAAUGACGAUGCCACAAGCAGGUGUAGGAGAAAAUGGAAAAAGCCCAGGAAAGUUGUUUAUGCUGACUUGAUCUUGUUUGUUUUUCCUUGAGAUAACUGAAAUAAGAUGCUGAGAGGCAGGUUGGAAAACCUUCAUUCUCUUCCACAGAUGGAUUUUGCUCUUUUCCCUUUUCUCCAAGCAGCUGCUCAGUCCCCUUUGGACACUUUUACCUCUGGCCGCUGGGAUGGGCGAGUAGCUUUAACCCAUGCAGAGCUCUGGGCCACAGAGCAGGUCAGCUGCAACCAGGUGGUGUUGGAUAAGCUAGAAAAUGCCCAGCCUUUGCUGCAUAAAGACCUUUAGGUACAUAAUUCCAGUUCAGACCUUCACCUUGUAGCAGUGUGUUGGUUGUCAGUGUUUCGUAGGUGAAAUGUAGAACCUGUUAAUGGAAUAAUCAUAUUUGUACUUUUCUAAUUGGGUGAUUAGGCUGCUGGCUCAGAGUGUCUUCUUGGUCAUAGUUCUAUAAAUUCAGAUUUCUGUAAAUUUGAAGCAAAUCCUAGGUAGCAUUGUCUGUCUUGCUGUGUGCCAGCGAGGUUGUACCUACCUCCCCUCAAAUACCCCUAAGCUGCAGAUCCUCCCCGUGGUGGGUGUGUUGCACUUCUCUGUGUUUCCUUCAGAGCUUUCCUAUUUCAGUGAAGAUAUUCAUUUGGCAGAGUUUUAUAUAAGAAUUAUUUUUAUAUUAAUUCUUCUUAUAAAAUAGGAUAAAGAUCAUCCAUUUUAAGACAUCAUUUAACUUAUUUGCUGUGUGUUAUGCAGAGACCUCUUGGAUGUGAAAUUCAUCCCCCUCUUUCCAUGCAGAUCUGGGACAAUGGAAUUGUACAGGUGGUCAGGUGGGGUGAGGAGAGCAAGAUCUGUCUUGACCUCAAAUCUCAUUUCUGAAGUAGCCUGGGACUACACUGCAUCCUAUUUAAGAUGUUUCCUUUGUGAGAAAAGGAGUUUUAGGCAGGCCCUUAAUCUGAGAGUAGCUGUUGUUUGUGUAUCCUCUUGGAAUGAGCAGAAAUUCUGUGGAGCUUUCCUUCCCAAAGUAUGAAGAACUUGGGAUGUUUAUGUGCAUUUCAGGCCAUUUUUACCUUUUACAGAUCUUUCUAAGCCUCUGAUACUGCUAAUUCUUUAUGCCUUGUGUCUCCCUCCUUUUCCCUCCCAUCAGUGGUGAACUAGUGAAUAAUUUAAAGCAUUUUUAAAAGAAAAUACUGAUUAGGUAUAUACUUUGUAAAGUACAGCAUGCUGGCAGUCCAGCACCUCUUCUGGGAAUAUUUUUAAUAUAAAUUACAUGUUCAAGAAUGUCUCCUGUCCAAAAAAACCUGCCACAAACAUGUAAAAUCUCAGUAUUAUUUUUUCAUUCUGUACCUCCCACAUGUUUGGUGUAGAACAGCAGCAUCUCAGGUCAACACAAAGCUCAAGAAGUCUCAGUCCCCCCGUGUUGCUGGUGGAGAAGUGCCAGCUGAGGUCACAGCUCUGAGUCUCUGGGUCACUGUGCAGGUCAGGUCAGCAGUAACCAAAUUUGUGCCACCCUCUGGCACUUGGGGCAUUUUCCAGCCUAUGCAAAGGAGUCCCACUGCACAACCCUCACAAAACAGCAUCAGCAAGUGUGAAAUGCUCCUCUUGGGAGGUGACAAGUACUCUCAGAAGACAUGAAAUACUUAAAAGUUUGUCUUUUUUUCCCUGAUGUGCAAAACCUAAUGCAAUAAUGAGGUUUGCUUAGUGGUGGAAAUUUCUGCUCCAGUGGCUGAACAGAGUAACAAAUCCACUCCAUCUGUUCCAGCACCCAGGAAACAACUGAGCUGAUCCUUAGGAGCAAAUGUUCUGUUGGGAAAUGCUGGAAGGAAGUGGAUUUGUCUCUGCCUUUAUGUGGCAUUUAAGACAGCCCUAUGCAAUUUAACACUUGUGUGUGUGUAUGCACUGAUGUACAGAGUGAGAUCACUUGUUUAAUUAUUAGAGCUCCUUAUUUUGGCUUGGUUUGCUUUAGAGUAUUUGACUUUGUGAAUUACAAUCAAUGAUCUUCCAUGUUCCAGAGGCUUUGGCACAGGAAUUCCCUCAUUUCUUGAUCUGUCAGGUAACAAAUACCUUUGAUCUCCAUUCAGGCCCCCCAGGCAGCAUUCUGAUUGUGAAAGCAAAAAGGUUAUGAAGGUUUGGCUUUAAUUCUGCCUCUCUCAAUAACUCCUGCAGCUUUCGUCUGUUGUAACAGAGUCUUGUUCUUGUUGGAUCAUUUUUAUAACAUAAGACAGGAGGUUUUUCCACAAGGAUUUUCAAAUUAAAACUUCUGGAGAGUAGGUGUGAAGCGUUUAGUUGUUUGUUUGUUUUUUUUUUUUUCUGAAAAGAUUGAAGUUUUUAAGAUGCUUCUAAGUUUUUCUUUCUAACUAAAGUUUUUCAUGUAUGUGCCCAAAAGCUUUUGAUUAAAUAGUAGACACAGUCAAAUAAGCAUCUCUGGUGGCAUAAAUAACCCAUAAGGGACUUUUUUUUUCCUGUAAGACAUCUUUUACGCAUUAACUAAACGAAUGUAAGAAGAGUUCUCAGUAUUUUUUACACUUGAAACCAGUGUAAUUAGACUCAGUUGUUUUCCUAUUUUUUAAUAUUCUUCUUCUGCCAUAGCAUCUCUCUUUGUGUAGUUUUCCCCAUUCCUAAUGCAGGACAGUCCUUUGUUUUUUACUUUUAUAUUCCAUUUGGUAACAUGCUUCUUGAUGCACACAUGCCAUCUUUCUUAAGGAAAACUUCAAGUAGAAGGUAAUUGCACUGAUUUUUGGGUUUUUUUAAACUCCCUUUUUACUGUAAGAAUUUUAAUUUUUUUUUUUUUUUUUUUUGCAUCUGCUGUAGCUGUUUGAAAAUACUGUAAAUAGUGCUCUGUACAGCAAAUACUGAAAUGCUGGGGAUACCAUUCCUUGUUGUAUUUUCCAGAAUACUGCCACAUUUUCCAGUGUUGAGAUGGGAGCUUUGGUGUUAAAUGCUGUUACACUUUGUGUGCACUAUGGUAUCAAUCUAAGAAGGGCACAGUUGCUGUAUUACAGUGGAAAUACUUAGGGUUUGUCUGAAUUUAUAAAGCAUUUCUUCCUUCUCUCCUCUGUGCACAUUUCUCCCAGACCACAGGGAUGCAGUUUUUUAGCUCUCACUGUGCUCAUUGUCUGUGCAAGGCUCAAAUGCCACCUUUGGUAUGAGUUUGAUGACUGAUGGCAUUAAUGUAGUAUUUGGAUUAUCAGCUGUAGCUCUCACAGGUUUUCCUUGCUUGUCUGAUUCUUGUGUUGUAGAAGCAGAAUUAGUGGAUGUGGCAGAAUUAGUGGAAUUGCUGGGAUUUGGGAUCCAGUUACAAUGUCUUGCUGUCUGUCCCUGCAUGGUGUGGGAUUGGGCAGUGCCAUGGAUGUUUCAGUGCUCUGAGCUAAGGAAUGGUGUCACCUCUGCCUGCCCAUGGAUCUCCCAUCCAUCAGCAAUCGCCUUUUGCUUCCAGAACCCUCAGGGACAGGACAGACCCAAACACCAGCCCCUCUGUCUGAUGUUAGGAUGCAAAACAGCAAAUUCUACCUUCUGUUUCUGAGGGUUAAUGACUGGAAAGAUGUAUUUCUGAGGGAUUAAUCCAAAUGAUAUGGGAAUGGGGUGCUGUGUGUGCUUGGUGUGCCACAGAAUCUGUUUAAUCCCAUUUAGUGUUUCAGUUGCUUUGUCAGAGUCGUUCUUUGAAGUGUUAAUUUGAAUGUAAUUGCUUGGCCAAAUCACUACCAAAGUGGGUUUGUGAGAAUCUUAGUUACAAAGCAGGUGCAGUUCAAGGCUACCUCCUGUGUUCCUUCAUGGAAGAAUUAAUUGAAGUGAACCUCCCACUAAGCAGCCAAAAUGCUCCCAGAGGAACUGGAUUUGUCCUGGUCUGUUCCCUAUUGGGAAGUGGCAGUGCCAUACUGUGAUCCUGGGAGGCAGCUCAGCCUUCCCUCUGUCUUCCAGAGGCAUCCCUGUGUAUUGAGAGGGUACCAUGAUUGCCUGGAGAGGUUUCCUAGAACAGAGGCUGGACA